AUGUCGUCAGCUCUACCACGACCUCGUCUGGUCGCUGUAGUGGGAGCUACAGGCACAGGCAAAUCUCAACUUGCUGUAUCAUUAGCUCAACGAUUCAAUGGAGAGAUUAUCAACGGAGAUGCUCUGCAGAUGUAUGAGGGUUUGCCAAUCACUACGAAUAAGCUGCCAUUAGAAGAGAGGAAAGGCGUACCACACCAUCUACUGGGUUGUAUCAAACUAGGGGAAGAACCGUGGACGGUCAAACAAUUUGUAGAGCUAGCUACUGGUGUCAUUAAAGAGAUUCGAUCAAGGGGACGGCUCCCUAUUCUGGUUGGCGGAACGCAUUACUACACACAAUCUCUUCUAUUUAGCGAUGCAUUAGUCGAAGAGGAGGAGACAGGCGAUGCUACACUUGAGAAUCAGGCCCAGAAAUGGCAAUUGCUCGAUGCAAGCACAGAGGAGAUGCUGAAGGAACUCCGGAAGCUGGACCCAGAAAUGGCCAUGCGAUGGCACCCUAGUGACCGAAGGAAAAUUAGGCGCAGUCUUGAGAUAUGGUUGAAAACCGGUAAGAGAGCCUCUGAAAUAUACGAGCAGCAGAAGACCCAAAGUCUUGAUAUCGAGUCUGGUGGGUGGGAUAGGAGUGCUGUGCCAAUCGGGUCUGAUGCCUCAGCACAAUCUCAUGUCCGAUACGACACGCUUAUCUUUUGGGUUCAUGCGCCCUCAGAUUCGCUCAACUUGAGGCUGGAGCACCGUGUGGAUAGCAUGGUCUCGCAUGGCUUGUUUGAAGAGGUCACUUCCAUGCAAAACUUCCAUCAGGAUCAGGAACGGAAAGGUGAUAGUAUCGAUCAGAGUCGUGGUAUAUGGGUUGCCAUUGGUUUCAAAGAAUUCCUGCCGUAUAUCCUGGACGGAAACCGCCCGGAGAAGCUGAGGCAGGAAGGCAUUGAGCGUACAAAAAUCGCAACAAGACAAUACGCCAAACGCCAAGUUCGGUGGAUCAGGCUUCGGCUGCAGCGCGCUGUCAAUGCCGCGGAUCUCACGCAUAACAUGUUCUUGCUCGAUGCAACUGACUCUUUGCGGUGGUCGGAAGCUGUAGAUGCAAAAGCUCAAGACAUUACGGCAGCAUUUAUCAACAAUUUUGCGCUCCCUAGGCCUGACUCGCUAUCAGAUGCUGCGAUGAAAUUGCUUGUAUCACCUGAAGAGGAGGCUAAAUCUGCAAGAUACUGCGAGGCUUGUGACAAAACGCUCAUGUUCCAUAGUCAAUGGAUCAAUCACCUAAAGGGCAAAGGUCACCGUGCUUCAGUGAGGCCAAAGAUUGACAGGAAAACAUUGUACCCGAGGAACAAUGGUCGCUGA